UCCAGGCUCCAUUGGAAAGCAUUCCAGGGAGCUCAUCAGAUUCAAAGCUGUCCUUCAUUUAUUCAUCCUUCUCGUUUUUCCCCAUUAAAGCAUCACGCUACAGAAAGCGAGAAGCUGUGUUCAUGCCAAAAUGGGAUGUGGAAAUUCUUCAGCUACCAGCACAACAGCGGGAGGUCCUGCAGAGGCUGUCAAAGAUGUGACAGAAGAACCUUCACCAGAUGAUGAGAAACGAAGGAACUAUGGAGGUGUGUAUGUUGGGCUUCCUGCUGACCUGACCACAGUAGCUGCCAGCCAAUCAAAAUCCUCACGUAAAGACUAAAAACAGAUCAAGGUCUGGUUUCUCUAGAAUCAAAGCUAUGCAGUCGCUGUUUUUGAAGACAUCUGAAUAAAGCAGACGGAGUGACUUCUUUAAUGUCCUGGAGGCAAAGAGAACCGAGCUGACUUUGGAACCGAAAAUGUUGGUGUAUGACAUCACUGUGACAUCAUGACGGCUGGAACACAGAGGCUUCUGUUUGAAACACUGAGCAUUAUUGUGGUAUUAAGUGUAGAUUGUGUUGCCAUGGGAACUGUCGCUGUCUGACCUCUCCUUACUAAUGUGGUGAUGGUCACCCGGGAUGAUUUUCUGGGGUUUUGGAGUCACCAUGGGAGAUUCUAGCCGAGACAUCAGGACUCAAUAAGACCGGAUCAACUCUCUGCAAUAAAAGUUUUGGUACGUUUUCAGAUAGAGUGAUCUAAACGUUUUACACAGUGUAAGAAAGUUAGCUGAAACAUUUAGCACUAAGAUGACUAGAGCUGGCGACAUGACUACUGAAUUGAAUUUGUAGACACACAAAUGACAUGAACAUAUAGAUUGUAGUUUUCUAAUACACUUUGAUAAUCAUCACAUCAUCUCAUUAUUAUAAUAAACUCAUUCUCAUUUACUAAUCUUAGAGUCCUUAUAUUUAUUCUCUUGCUAUAUUUAAUACUAUUUCAGGAUACUGACUUGUGAUUGUACUAUUAACAUUUUAUGUGUCAAAUGUGAAUUAUGUAUAUGACAUUAAAAUACACAUUUUUA